AUGGCUACUACCUACUUCAAGUCCAUUCAUGCGGCUGAUCAAACGUCUCUCCCGUCUUCCCAGGUUGUGGCUGCCGGGGAGCGGAGUGCUCGCCGAAAAGGGGCAGCGACUUGCUGCUCGUCUGCGACUGAGGAGGGGAGUUCGCGAGUAAGAAGGCGAGACUGGUUCACGGCGAGGACGGGCGGCGCUCAGAGGACUCGCGAGCAGGCAGUGAUGGUGGCCGCCGGAAGUUGCAGCGACGGUAAGUUGCGGCAAGGCCGAUGGUCGGCGGGUCUUUGCGCGAAGAAGCAGGUUCAUGGCGUGGCGUGGUUCGCGGCGUGCAGGGGAAAGCGAUCACAGCGGCUCGCCGAAAAGGAGGUGGGCUCGUCGGUUGCUGGCGUGCGGAGGAGGCUGCGCGGAUCGCUCGCCGGAAGUUACAGGCGCUGGGGUCGUCGCUCUUCGUGGAGGGGGAUCAUCGAGGGCCUGCUGGUUGCGGCGGAGGAGGGUUUCGCCGGAAAAAGAGGAGGUCGCGGCGGUGGUCGUUCGCUGCGCUUGGGAGAUUGCGACGGAAAAAAAAUGGGGAAGAGGGCUGCGCGAUUUCUGAUUGGGCUUGAGAGAAAGAAAAUUUGA